AUGGAUCCUAGACAACUGCCAAAUGAUAUCAAUGAAAAAUUCUGCAGCAUCGAUGAAGAGCGACAAGUUGUAGCAAUAACGGCAGAUAGUUUCAGUAAAAGUGUAGUGCCGAAAGUUCCAUCGAGAAACUACGAAAAUCUGCAAUGGAUUAUUGAGAAAACGCAAUUUGCACCUCACCGAGUUAGAAAUGAUCGGCCGGCUAUAGCACCUCCGUUUAUGCCAAUUGCUGGACAAAUACCGAUUGAAUUUGGCAAAUUGGCUAUUCCGCAUGUCGGUCGUUCUCCGUCUAAAUCUCACGGAGGUUAUGGAAGUAUGCGUGCGAUGCUAAAAGAUGAAAAAUUACAAGAAAAAUCAACUGAUAGUGGGAAUGAGAGCUUGGAAAAAGGAAUAACUAAACGUAAAAGCUUUAUCAAUAGUAAAAACAGUAGUUAUAAAACUACAGCCUUCAAAUCAUCAUCACUUACCACUAAAGAAUGGAUGACAAUUUGUAUACUGUCAAUUGCAAAUCUUGGUAGUACCAGUGCAUACAGCUGCAUUGCACCAUUUUAUUCAAAUGAGGCGAAAAUUAAAGGUUUGAAAAGUUUCGAGAUAGGUGUAGUAUUUGGUGUCUUCGAGCUAAUAAUGUUUUUUAUUGCACCUCUAUUCGGCAAAUACAUGGUUUCAAUCGGUUCAAAAAAGAUGUUUGUUUCUGGAAUCGGAGUUACUGGUAUCACUGUUGUGCUCUUCGGAUUCUUGAAUUACAUUGAAUCGCCAUCGUUAUUUUUCUGGUCCUCGAUCGGUCUUCGAAUAUUGGAAGCUAUUGGUGACGCAGCUUUUGUCACUUCAUCAUUUGUAAUCGGUGUUAAAUGCUUCCCGGGACGUAUUGCAAUUGUUGUUGGUGUGUUGGAAACAUUCGUCGGUCUUGGCAGUACCGCAGGACCUUUACUUGGUGGUAUACUGUAUGAAAUUGGUGGUUUCAAAUUGCCAUUCAUUGUACUUGGAAUUAUUUUACUCUUUCUUGGAUUAGUAGCAUACUUUUUGGUCGAAAAUAUGGAUGAUGACGUAGUAAUGGACGGUAAAGGCAUGUUAGGUAUGUUGAAGAUACCACUAUUAUGGAUUAUGAUUCAUGCAGUGGUUAUGUGUGCAAUAUCGUUGUCUUUUCUCGAUCCAACCUUAGCAGAUCACUUAGCAUCGUUCAAACUUACGCCAUCCAUUAUUGGCCUAAUGUUCUUACUAUCUGGUGGAAUUUAUACGAUAACAGCACCUUUCUGGAGUAUAAUCAUCGAUAAAUUUAACUGCAGCAAGGCAAUUAUAUUGUUUGGCAUUAUAGCAGUAGUGAUUAGUAUGAUAAUCAUUGGUCCAUCACCUUUUCUGAAUGCCGAGAAGAACUUAGGAUGGAUAGAAGUUGCAUUAGGUAUACUUGGUCUUGCUACUAGUGCUUUGUAUAUUCCGACUUUUCAAAUAUCGAUUGAUACACUAUGCGAAUACGGGUACGGUAAAUCGUUGCAAACGUAUGGCUGUAUAUCAGGUUUAUUUCAGUCUGCCUAUUCCUUCGGAUCAUUUUUUGGACCAACAGUUGGCGGUCUUUGUGUCCAGUGGAUUGGUUUUCCGUGGACAACAACUAUCAUAGCUUUAUUAAAUAUUAUCUUUAUUAUUGCAAUUCUGUGUUUUUAUGCAAUAUAUGAUUGGUUCGGGUUUUGCAGUCGACAGAAGCUCAAUCACAAUCACUAA